AUGGACCUCGCGCUCUCAGACAACAUGGACCCUCGCGCUCUCAGACACCGACACCAGCAGCCGGGUUCUCCCGCGCGCAGCGACGAUGAGAACUCCCGCAGCCCGUGCGCUACCUCCCCCGUGAUGAAGAAGCGAAGGGGGCGCGCGGACGGCGGACCCCCAGUGAAGAGGAACCGGCGCGUGAAGGCCAACGACCGCGAGCGCAACCGCAUGCACAGCCUGAACGACGCACUCGAGAUUCUGCGCGAGGUGCUGCCCGCGUGCCCGGAGGAGACCAAGAUGACCAAGAUCGAGACGCUGCGGUUCGCGCACAACUACAUCUGGGCUCUGUCGGAAACCCUCCGCAACGCAGACCUGGAGGCGGAGAGAUCCUUCCACCGGGCGGAGGCUCCCAUCAACCCCGGCAGCAGCAGCGAGGCGUGUGAGCUGCUCCUCUUCUCAUCUUCAUCCUCCUCUUCCUCCUCCUCUUCAUCCCCGGUGUAUGCCUCAAGCCCCGGCAGUCCGGAGAACUACUUCCAGCCGCAAGACGCCAUGUUCCUCCGCGCCUUCGUGCCUCCUGUUUACUGAAGGAGAUACAGGACUCUCCGCAGCUCACCUGUUCACUUUCACCUUUAAGGGGCACUAGUUGGG